CACGGAAGUUGGUCUUUGUGCCAGGUUUGGUCGCGGGCUUUUCUUGCCUCUUUGAACGCCCUGAUAAGAGCGAUAAAAAACAGUGCCAAAAAAUUGCAAGAUGACGACGACGCUAGUCGCUGAAGAUUCAGUAUUUCAUUUACGGAAAGACGUCUACGAUAGCUAUAGGGAAUACAGGGAGGAUUUUAAACGCGUUGUUAAGGAAAGGGAGCAAAAUAGAACCAGCUUUUUCCACAAGUCACCUCAAUUCACUUAUAGACCGUUUCUCGUGCGCUACAUUACCAAAAUCUGUAGUGAAAAAUUGCUGAGUAAAAGCUGUCUACAUGUGGCCGUCUAUAUUUUAGACCUGUUUAUGGACCAACACCACAUAAUCCCCGAAAAACUACUUCUGGUGGCAAACGUGUGCCUUCUAACGGCCUCAAAACUGGAAGAAAAUUCACAAAAAAUUCCCCGAAUCAGCGAACUAAAUUUAUUAGUUGGCAACAAAUACUCAAUCGCUGAUUACAUCAAGUUGGAGUAUUACUUAAACAUUCAUAUGUUUCAACAUGACGUAAAGUUUCAGAGUGCUGUGCAUUACGUAUUUUACUUCAUGCAGGAAUUUCUAACUAGUGGCGAUUUAAAAGAAGGCAAUACUGUGCGAACUUUAUUUUAUAAUUUCCGGGAAGCUGUUUCCGCACAUUUGAACACAAUCAUCGAAAAUGUGCACUAUAUGCAGUUCUACCAACCGUCGAAAUUAGCAGCUGCUGUGGUCUCAGCAGGCCGUUCUGACAUCGGGCUAACACCAUGGACCGAACAAUUGGCGGAUUUGACCGAAUACAGAAUACACGAUUUGGAGGAAAUCGUACAAAAUUUGCUAGGGAAGCAAGAACUGAGUUGUCCCCACUGUGCAUUCUAGUGUAUGCUGUGUACUACCAACCCCAAAUAAAAAAAUGGCAAAUACCUGGCUCUGUUAAUCAAAUCCAUGAUAUCGGUGGCCCUUAGCGUUAAUUCCCCCAAAUUAGCGACCCAUUUGGCUUGCAGUGACUCCUUGUCUGCCUCAGCCGGUGUCUUUAGCUUGCCCCCGGUGGCCACCCCCGUGAGCACGUACCGUAUCCAGGAGCCCCUUGCACACUCCACCAUUAUCAGAGUGGUGCAUUGCACAUGCAGCCCCGUCUCCUCCAGCACCUCUCUCUGGCCCGCCUCGCUGAUGGUCUCCCCCUUUUCGAUGCGGCCCGCCGGCAAGUACCUAAAAAGCCGUCAAGACACCAGCAAGGGGGCUGCCAGAGCGUACCAUUUGCCCGCGCACGACUCCUUGGCCUCCUGCAUCAUCAGCACCUCGUUGUGGUCGUUGAUGAGCACCACGGCCACCACGUAAGUGACCGUCUCGCCAAUCACCGGCUUGAAAUUGGGGCUCACUGUGGGCUGCACCCCCUGGCUCUCGCAAGCCGCGUUCUGCUCCUCGAGCGAGAAGUCGCAGAUUUCCGACUCUUCGCCCUCGAGGGCCAAGCCGCCGAGGACGCGCUCCACGCUCAGUUCCACAGAGUCGGGCAUUUUGAGGUUAAGUGCGAGCGCAUUAAUUGGCCCGCGAACACAAGGGGGCACUUGGACGAGAUGAACUAAUUGCUGAAUUUGAAUGGAAUGCUUGAAAUGACAUGACUAAUAAACACUACGUUCUCAUAUUGCACUGUGACGUUCGUGACAUUUCUGGGUUGUACAGGAAAA